AUUCAAUUAACCUCGUACCAGUCUCCGGAAGAUGAAGAACUUCAGUAUGAAGCACCAGCUCAGUCCGCGCUUCGACCAACCUCACCUUACCGAUCAACUCUGAGUUUUCGCGACUGUCGCGGUCACCAUCAACGAUUAGGUGCAAUCCUCCACUUUCCUCGUAGGCGUCUUUUACCGUCUCUAGAACAAGAUUUUGCUGCGAGAGGUAAACCCGCUCAAUGGCCGACCUCGUCCAUCCAAAAACUUUAAAGAAAAAGGUUUUCGAGAAAAACGAUAAAUUCAUCUGCUGAGCCCAUUCUGCUAAUUCCUGGUAUCGUAAACCAGUGGUGACCGCUGAUACCGUUAACUCCACAUUUCCUUUAUGCAUUCGCUCACGCGAACUAGAAACUGUUCUUUCUUGGCUUUCCCACAUCUUAUCUUUGUUCCUGCAUCCCUCACAAACGAAUUUGACGACAGCAGCCGUACCGACGGCCUUCAAGCGAGCUCCCAGUAGCCUGUUUCCGCAUCGAGGACAGAAUUGAAAAAGCUCUAAGAGCUUUACACCUUUGACGAGGAAGUACUGAUUCGACACAUCUGGGUCAGUCUCGAACUCUGGACAGGAAGCCGUUGAUGAGCCACAUGAUAACUCGUCAUCGAUAUUGAAAUCUGGAUCAUCUGCGUUCUCUCCAGAAUCUUCUUCUGGGGAUUCCGUGUGUUCUUCGUCAGAUACCUUGGAAUCAUGCGCUUCCUCUCCUGCAUCAUGUUCGCUUUCUCUAUAUUGACUUUCCUCAACGUCAACCUAGAUGGAGGACAUGUAGGUUGUUACAUAUAGGUUGCAUUUACCUCUCCAGAAUCUUCUUCUGGGGAUUCCGUGUGUUCUUCUUCAGAUACCUUGAAAUCACGCGCUUCCUCUCCUGCAUCAUGUUCGCCUUCUCCACAUUGACUUUCCUCAACGUCCACCUAGAUGGAGGAACGAAAAAUUAG